AUGAUUGUGACACGCCAUCGUGCCUACCACGAUCGACAGACUACGAAUGGCGCUUGGGCCUGCUUCAACCAAGGCACGCGAGCGUUCAAAGGCUUGCUCAAUUACCAAAGCAUUUACCGCUGGUACAUCGGAGAAAUGAUUCAGAGCUUGAUCGAUGACAAGAUUAUCUACGCCGAGCUUCGACCUAUGCUUUUAGACAAGACCAUCCCCUCCGACGAUGGCAUGGAGCUGGUCGAUCACAGCGCACAGAUGGAAAUAGUCUUUGAGGAGGUCCAGAAAAAGCAGGACGAGCUGCGACGGAUGAACAGGCUGGACGAAUUCCCAUUCGGCCUCAAGAUCAUCUACUGCACGCCCAGAAGUAUCAGUUCAGAGUUGAUGGUGAAGGAGCUACAGAACUGCCUCCAUCUCAAGAAAAAAUUCCCGGACCUAAUUUGCGGCUUUGAUCUUGUCGGCGCAGAAGAUCGGCCGAGGAACAUCGGCUCGUUCGCCAAAGAGCUGGUUGACUUCACGCACGCAUGCGAACGAGAAGGCGUCAGCGUGCCGUUCAUGUUUCACGCCGGCGAGACACUCCUCGACACAGGCGGCACCAAAGAUCCGGACAAUAGUAACUUAUACGAUGCAUUGCUGCUACAGUCAAAACGAAUCGGACAUGGCUACUCGCUCCUAAAACAUCCGCUGCUCGUCGAAAAAUACAAGAAAGGUAAUAUCUGCCUUGAGGUCUGUCCCACAUCGAAUGAGCUCCUGCACCUCUGCGGCAAUGUUCGGCAGCACAUAUUGCCAGAACUCCUAGCAGCGGGUUUGCAUUGCACUCUCAAUGCAGAUAACCCGAACCUCUUCAGCAACUCCUUAUCCUAUGAGUUCUAUCAAGUCAUGGUUGGCGACCCCAGGAUGAACCUUUACGGGUGGAAGCAGCUUGCAUUAUGGAGCAUCGAGCACGCUUGCCUCAAUGCGACUGAGCAGCAACGAGCCAAGGAUAUUUUCGACCGCAAGUGGCAGGAGUUCUGUCAUUGGGUCGUCGAGAUGUAUGGUCAUACUCUUACAACCUCCGAAGUGCCAGCAAAUGCUACUCGGCCGUGA